GAACUAGACGGAGUCAAGUGUACCCUGGACAACAAGGAGCUAUGGGACAAGUUCUGUGAGUUUGGAACAGAGAUGAUUAUUACAAGAACAGGACGGAGAAUGUUCCCUACAGUGAGGGUUAGCUUCUCCAACCUUGAGACUGAACCUGGUACUAAAUACUUGGUUCUCCUGGAUAUAGUUCCUUGUGACAACAAGAGGUAUAGAUAUGCAUACCAUAGAUCAGCUUGGUUGGUGGCAGGUAAAGCUGACCCACCUCCUCCCCACCGUCUUCACCCACAUCCAGAUGGUCCUUUCUCCAUGGACCAACUUAAGAAACAAGUCAUUGGGUUUGAAAAAGUCAAGAUAACUAACAAUGAGUCGGAUAAUUCAGGUCAGAUUAUCCUGAAUUCUAUGCAUAAGUUCCAACCAAGGGUUUAUCUUGUCAAAAGAAAAGACGGUCAAAAUGGUCCAGUUACAGAUAUUGAAAGAGAGAAGUACAGAACUUUCGUCUUUCCUGAAACACAGUUUACAGCAGUCACAGCUUACCAGAACCAAUGCAUCACCAAACUCAAGAUUGAAUCCAAUCCUUUCGCUAAAGGAUUCAGAGACUCUGCAGGUUCCGAUUUUGAUGAUCACUCUUAUCCCCCUGGAAAUCCUUUCUCAGGAACCCACCUACCUGGAGGUAUGCCAGGUAUGGAUCCCUUCUCAAGACUUCAUUAUCAGAACCACACAGAGUCAAACAACAACCUGAUCAUGGCUGCUGAGAAGGCGAGGUUAAUGAUGAUGUAUCCAAACUCCAGAUCCAUCCUACCCCCAACCAGCUCCUCCAGCAACCUAUCCUAUCAUCUUCCUCUCUCCCAAGAGUUACUGGCUCGAUAUAGUGCUAUUCAAGCCAGCCUAGGCCUGUACAACCCUGCCUUUCUAGCAGCGGCUAUUAGAAACUCAACUCCUACGUCUAUUCCAUCUUCUCUUAACUCUUCCCUUUCUUCACCAAGAUCUCCUGAUCUACCUUCUCCAAAACCUCACAGGUUUUCUCCUUACAUCAUUCCUCGUUCAGGAGAUUCCCCCGCCCCUCAUUCUCCUCUCAGUGAGGAACGCCCUGUUUCCCCUCCUACCUCUUUCCCCCAGCUCUCAAGAUAGUGAUAUAUAUAUACCUCCUACCCCUCACUCAACUAUCCUGUCAUAUCAUGUUGGUGUCAAAUUAUCAUAAUAAAUUAGACGUAGUUUUGUCAUAAGUGGCUGUGAAGCUAGAUUGUAUGUUAUUUGUUAUAAGAAUCUUUAGAAAUAAAUUAUUAUUCGAAA